GCUUCUUAUUUACUCACACGAUAUCAUGCCUGGAAGUGCCCGGUAGAACAAAAAACAAGGGUAUAUUGUCUUCACAAAACUGCCUUGAUAGUCAGUAUCCGAAUCAAGUGGUUUAGUAGCUAAAACGGUGAGUGCCAGAAAGCUCCAGCUAAGUUCAAGUUCAGUAGUGCCUAACUAUGCGGUGAGUCCCAUCCUUCUAAUGUGUAAGUCCGAAUAUUUUCGCUUAUUUUACAUAUUCUAUUAUCUCGUCUCAACUUUCUCGCCCACCUCGCCUUCGUCUUUUUAUGCAUCACUCAACGUCUAAACAGUCAUCUCCUUACCGGUUGUACCUUGGAGAUCACCUAUUCAAUGUGGCCUCCCUGAAUCAAGCAGCGAUGCGUCCCCAUACUCGCUAUUGGAAGAGACGUGUACUCUGACACGGAUCUGAUGAUGAAAACGCCAGACAAUGUAUUCCCAGCUAGCGAGGUACACCCAAGCCUGAAGGGAUAAUACGACUAUUACAAGACUCUAGAAUCGUUCCCCUAGAGCGCGAUUGCUGAUGGCGCUCUGCUUACGCAUGCCAUUUUUUUUUCUACCGCACGAAUGGAUCGCGAAUAGGGCUUAGCACUUUCUAGCAGACUAUGCGGACGUUGCCGGCACGAAGAUCCAUGCUGAGUCUUACAACACUCUUGCUUUAUUCGGCACCGAAGUUGCGGCGGCGGUCCGGUGGUAUAUGGAAUCCACGCCCGGGACGACACUCCCCUUAGACGACAGAACUUGGCUAUGUGGCACGUCGUCGUCUGACCUAAAGGCUGUCCGGCCUCUGUAUUGGCUGUACAACGUUCCCGGAGCAGUACCGGCGGAAUUCAUCAACAGAGCUCAACUCCCACUAGUGUUCGCAUGGAUUGAGCGAUCCAAGCAAUUCAUUGAAUCGAAAUGAAGCAAGCACAAGCCCAGCCGGAGGCGUUCAUCGGUCACGGCCGCGGUCGUAAUCAUGGGAACUCCGUUCGCGGAAGCGGGAAGAAGCAUAGAUCUUGCCGAUGCGGAUCGUCGUCUACCCGGACCCAACCGUCCUACGAAAGGAGAAGGCGUGAUGAUGUACCCAGCAUGCUGGGGCGUGAUUUGCAAGAUAAGAGGUAGAUUACCAGAUUACCAUUAAAGUAGAGGGGAUGUCUGGGCGUGCCAGAGUACAUGAGCCAACAGAGAAGUUCUGUUUAAAAAAAAAUGUGAUGGUAAUGAGGAUCAACUGAUGGUGUUUAUUGCGGCUAUGGGAACUACGUAUGUAAAGAAAGAAAGGAAAACCGACGAU